CCCCCCCCCCCAUCUCCAUCUUCGCCCUUUUCCUUCUCCGCCUCGUCACCUUUACAUUCCCACGACAAACGACCGCCCCCGCCAUGGCAACCCUCAUCCGCGAGUUCUUCUCUUCUGCCGAGCAAAAGUUCGCCGUUGUCGGCGCCAGCACCAACCGCUCAAAGUUUGGCAACAAGGUCCUCCGCUGGUACAUUGACCAUGGAUACACAGCUGUGCCCGUGAACCCACGCGAGACCGCCAUCGAAUCCCUCAGCUGCGUCCCGAACCUGUCUUCUCUCCCAGGCAACCCAUCAGAUUACCACCUCUCGAUCAUCACUCCUCCUGCUGCUACAAAGUCAGUGUUGGAGGAGGCACAUAAGAACGGCAUCCAACGCGUUUGGUUGCAGCCUGGUGCAGAAUCACCUGAGGUCCUGGCAUACGCAAACGAGGCUGGCAUCAAGACUAUUGCCGAUGGCCCUUGCGUGCUCGUCAAUGGGAUCCCCAAGGAAGACGUCAAGCUGUAGUAUCAAGCACAAAACAAAAGCAAAAUAAACGGAAUAGUAGUCUGAAG